AUGGAAAGCUACGUGCCGCCAGGUCAACAGCGUAACCUUCGGGCAUGUAUGGUAUGCUCGAUUGUCAUGACGCAGAAUAGAUUUCUUCGCGAAGGUUGUCCAAACUGUGAAGAGUUCCUUCUGCUUGCCGGUAACAUGGAUGCUAUUGUCGAUUGCACUUCUCAAGUGUUCGAGGGCCUAAUCGCUCUAGCAGACCCGAGUAAGAGCUGGGUCGCUAAGUGGCAGCGACUGGACAACUAUGUAAAGGGCGUCUAUGCCACAAAGGUUAGUGGUCAGUUACCUGAUGAAGUUGUGGCGGUUAUGGAGGAUGAAGCCAAAGUGAAAUAUAUUCCGAGAGAUGGAAGCAUGACUGAAGCAGAUUAG